UAACUUCAUGUCAAAAAUAUUUUUUAAAUAUUUUGGAUUAUGAAAAGAGACGUAGGAAGCUUGCUUUUUAUGGUAAAUAUAAUCUAGUUAUAUAUAAUUCUGCUGGUAUUGUUCAUGGGUUUUUGUUCCUUUUAUUUUUAAACUUUUCGUAGUAAAUGGUAGAGCAAAAGCACUAUUUAUAAAAAGUUGAAACACUAUAAAUUAAUAUUAAACAUUAUCUUAGUUAAUAAUAUACUAGUUUUAACAGAAUGAAUACUCAUUAGGGCCAUUUAUGCGAGCCAAAUAAUCGGUCGAUAAUCGGCCAAUUUUGUAAUAAUCUGUAAUCGGCCGAUUAUUUCUGUAUAAUCAGCCUUGUGCUGAUUAUUGACCAGUUUCUUUUUUCUAUUAGAAAUAAAUGAAAAUCUGUGUGUUUAUUGUGAUUUUUGCACAUGUUUAACAAUCUUUUCACGUUAUAGAGCGGCAUGCAGCAGCUACACAAAUACGUACAAAUCUUGCAUUUAUCUCACCUCUUGUCUCUUCAUCGGAAAUGCAUUAUUAUUAUAAAGUACGGAAAUUAACACUUAUAGUCAUGUAACCCACAUGACCGGAAAACAUUGUGUGCGCACAGAAUUAAGACCACUACAUGAGACAAAAAUGAAUGUCAUGAAAAAGAAGUGGGAAAAUUUUCAAUUUGUUUUCAGCUUUAGAAGGGAGGAAGAGACAUGAAUGAAUGCCAGAGAUACUGUAGCUGAGAGCUUUGGCUUUGCUGCAUUAGCUUCUCAAGUUUCAUUUUAAUGCUCAAAAGCAUCUGAGGUUCAUCAGGACAACUAACGCCUACUGGUAAAUGUGUAAAUGGAAAUAAUCGGCCGAUUAUUACAUAUUAUCGGCCACCGAUUAAUUGAAUUGGCUAAUUGGCAAUUUCGGCGAUUGGCUCAUCCCUAGCUAAAAUAAGCCCAGGGCUGAGGGCUAGGUCUAAAUAAACCGCAGCUUAUUGUAAAUUGACUGUUUAUACAAAUUGUUCACAACUUAUUUAAGCUCUGGCUGCAAUUACAAGAUAUUAAUACAAGAUAUUAAUCAUCACUUCAAAAUAUAUUUCUCAGGAUCCAGGGGAUGGAAUGGGAUUAGUUGAACAACUUUUAUCUUCAGAUGCAGAGAUAAGUCUUGAGGCCGCAAGGUAUGGGCUGUUUCUUUAUUUAUAACCUUGGUAAUAUACCACAGAUGUAGGAUGUGUGGCAGAUACUGUUAGGUUACAAAUUACGAUAACAAUGUUUUUGAUGUUACUCUGAGUGUAUAUCCACACCGUGCAGGCUCAUAAGUUAGCCUGACCACGGUGACCUUUGGGAUACUAGUCCAAUGCUCUGCCAACUGAGCUACAAACUGGUAUCCUAAAGGUCGCGGGUUUGAUUCCCACCGUGGUCAGGCUAACUUUUCAGCCUGCCCGGUGUGGAUAUACAUUCAGAGUAACAUAAAAAACAUUAUUUUAUUAUAUAAACAUAAGUGUUAUAUACUAAACUUUUUGGCCACUGAGAAAAAUCGUAUUUAAUUACACACAUAAAAAUACAAUAUUUUUACGUGUGAAAAUAUCAUUUGUUGUAAAACGCAUUGCCACAGACGUUUUAUUGUUUUUCACUGAAUUUUGUUUAUAUAAUAAACAGAAAAAUACAUGGUUGCUUGGAAAUACCAGAUUUAUUUAGAGUGUUGAACAUGAUAUCUCACUUGUUCGCUGCGCUCACUCGUGAGAUACCAUGUUCGACACUCGAAAUAAAUCUGGUAUUUCUGCGCACCCAUGUAUUAUUCUCUAUAUACUGUAUUCACCUGAGUACAUGACAUCAAAACACACACAAAAAAAGAAUUACGAUGACAUUUCUAUAGUGCAACUUUACAUGUGAUCAAAUGCCCUUUACAUCAAUAUUGUACUUACCUAAUUACAUACUUAGCCUAGACUAUUUUAUCUUUACCACCCUGUCAACUUUCCCUGUGGAGGAAACCGGAGCACUCGGAAAAGUCCCACGACUUUCGGCAGAGCGUUGACUGACUCGAACCUACAAACUCAUAGGAGAAAGGCACUUGCUCUGACGACCAUGCCACCAAAGCCAUGUUAUAUUUAAGUCAAUCUUAUCUUGAUUACUACUUUACUAGGAAUAUAAAGAAUGUGGUAAUUGGGAGCAAGGCAAAUAAAAAGGCAUUUAUUCAACAUGAUAUUGCAUCAAGGUAAGAAUGCAUGCCUUAAUGCAUGGUCUCUGCCAGAUAGUGUACCAGGUAUAGUGCCAAUAAUAAGAAAGCUUCGGAUUGAUAGGGACAGAGACGGAUUUUCGUUCGGGGGUGGAUAAAUAUCUGGGGGGGGGGGGGUGCUGCUGCUUGCUUUGGCCGGGGCGUGGUGGCAACGCCCGGAAAGGUCAAGGAAAAAGUUUGACAAAAUUUGUUUUCUAGGCCUGCAUGGCGAGAUCUGAGACCAUAAUAUUGGUAAUUCUACAAAUUUAGUAGCAAGAAUAAUCAAAUAUAAAACUAUCAAAUCAAAAUAUAUGUAAUUUGUGGGGGUCCCAAAUGCCUUUGGGGGGGGGGUGCAAAUGUGCAAAUCAAACCUCCCCCUGCAACCCCCCCAGAAAAUCUGUGCCUGGAUAGGGAUACAACUUACAUGAAAAAUACGGGAGAACUUCAACGUUUCGAGCGAAGGCCCUUCAUCAGGAAAGUUAGUCAGCUUUCUGUUUUAUUAAGACACUGUUUUCAUUUCCACCUCUUCAUUGAUAUUUUAUUCAACAAAUUAACCCAAUGAACUGCCCUACUUAUUUUUUUACUUGUCUAAUGCCAGACUUUUUUACUUGUCUAAUGCCAAAUGAUUUUACUCGUCAUUGGGGAAGCUCUGCAGCUUAAUGGAUAAUAACCAAAAAAAUCUGAAAAUUGAUGUCUCUAGUUAACCCAUUUACCCAUCAAUGGGAAGCUCUGCAGCUCAAUGGGUUAAUAUCCUAUGAAUGAAACCAUUUUUGAUUAUUUCUUAUCUGUUAGUCUUGUUGAAUUGUUACGAAGAGAAGAAACAAGUAUUGACCUUGCUGUAGAGGCAGUUGUAAUUCUUGGGAGUCUUGCUAGAGGUAAAAUCAUUAGCAUGAAAAGUGAAAGACAAUUUAACCAGUGGUGUUUUGCAAACUAUUUUCUCCAACACUUUCAGCUGAUGAUGAAACCGUCACUAUACUUUUGGCCCAUUCAAUCAUUCCAUUAUUUCUGCAAGGUUUGUGUGAGAUUACAUUAAGUUGACAGUUAAUUACAUACAAAGUUAGAUCGCGAGCAAUCCCUCGGGAGGAAGGAGGGACUGCCAACAACGCAUCAAGAAACAAAAUAUGCAUUGUCCACACAACACAAAAUUCACAUUGGUCGAAAUUGUGUGCCUUUCAAUCAAAUCUGAUAUGUAGUAGAUAUGUAUGCCAUAAAUAAUUUCCAGACUGAAUGUUGGUUUUAUAAAUAAACAUGCCAUUAACAGUUCCUAUUGGAUAGAUUUAAUUCGAUGUAAGUAAUGUGCAUGCAAAGCAUGGGUGGAUUUACUGGCGGGGGUUAAACCCCCUGGAAUCUCUCUAACCCCUCUAAUAAAGUGUUCAACCCCACCAAAAUUUCACUUCACUCCUCCUAUUUUGUGUGAAAGGCUAUCAAGCAAGCAGGCAAUAUGCAGUAUCAAUGGUCUGAAAUUUGCAGUAUCCCAAUAUCCACAGGAUGCUAAAAUUUGGUUUGGAUACCAAACUGUGAUUAAUUGAUUUGAUAUUACAAAGUCAAUGUCUCCCAAUACAUAUAGUCCAUGUAGCUUUGAAUAUACUAUGAGUCUGCCUUCUUCAAAAUAACCAGUCUUUGAUUUCCAACUUGGUGGUGUAGUUGUUGAGUCUUCUGUUGUGAUUGUAAUUUAUAACAAUGAAAGUCAUGUACUGUAUAUGUACAGUACUUUGAUGGUCCAGAGAUGCUAAAAUUUAUGGUACCGGUAAUCAUCAUCCAGAAGUGGGAUAGUGGAUUCUCAGAUGGUAUACUGAAACUUUGAAUCUAGGCUUUCCUGUGGAUAGUCUCCUUCGCAGCCUGUUCGCGGGUGCGAUGUUACCUGUGAACAGGCUGUGAAAGAGACUAUCCUGUGGGGUACUGAAAAUAAUUUUAAAUUUCAGACCCAGAGUGACUGGACAAACAAAACAGACGCACUCUAAAACAGAUGUCACUUGACUAGUAAAAUAGUGUGACAUCUGUCACAGAGUGAAAUAAAAAAGUAGGGCACAUUGCAGCUUAAUUGGUUAAUUAACAGUAUUUACAUUUCUUUUGUUUCAGGGUUAAAGAAUUCCAACAGAAGAUUGGCUGAAGCGUGUAUCCGCUCUUUAAGAACAUUUUAUAUUUCACACCAAACACCAGUUGAUCCAAUAUACGAGGUAAAUGUUUAUCUCUUCAUUUCAGAAUAACCAUUUGAGAGUUUAAAUCAUAUGGUUACCCAAUAUUUUGCUGCAAAUUUUCAUUGUGUACAAGAAAUACUAGAAGAUGACUGAAUCAUAUUAUUAUACAGUACUUCUGUAACUUGUAUUUUGGAAUUUUUUUCUCAGGAUACAUCAAAUAUCAAUUGUCUGAUCCAGCUAUUAUGUGGUACACAUGUGGAAUCUGAAUGUGCAGCUCACAUUCUGGCAAGAUGUUGUCAGGUAUUAUAUCAAGUGAUAGACUUAUUUGUUAAAUACUGUAGAUACAGUACAACAUCUUUGUACUUUAGUACUCUGUACUAAAAUGUGUUAUUUGUUUUGUAGAAUUCAAGUCAUCAGACGUUGCUGGCCAGGAGUGGUUUAAUAGAAGCACUGGUACCACUGGUUGGCAGUAGCAAUCCCAAACUGCAGCUGCCAGCUCUACAAUGUUAUGCUGCACUAUCAUUAGAAAAUGAAAUCAUUGCAGAUAUGAUGAAAACAGGUAUUUCUAACAAGCUACUGUCUAUUGAAGUGUGUGAUAUAGCCUGGAUUUUUUAAAUUUUCCAAUUGAAGAAGAAGAAAUUUAUUACCAUUCAAAAAAAAUUUACAAUGAGAAAAAAAAAGAUACAGUAUAAUUGUAACACAAAUUGUGGUAAAAAGCCAACUAAAAUAAUCUCAAAGAGACUAGCCUGGUAAUAGUUGGCUUUCUAUGUUUGUUGUGUUCAGUAUACCAGAUAGCACUGGGAGAAAACAUUAACUAAUCAAAGUUGAACUGUUUCAGCAAAUGGUUACUUGUAUCGUGGGAAAAAGUAAAAAUCUGAAAUGUGUCAAAUGUAAUCAUGCAUAUGAAAUAUUUCUUCCAGCGACAUUUAAGAAUGAAAGUCUUAUUGAAGUAUUGAAAAGACUGUUGCCUGGAGAUAAACCUGAUGCUAUCCGACUGUCUGCAGCAAAAUGGUAGGUCUCACACACAAUUUAUGGAGUUUUGAAAAGAUGUACUGUUUAUGUAAUACUGUAACAAAACUUAUUUUUCAAACUACAGCCUGACAAAUCUCUGUCGUGCUGGUGCUUUGCCAACAACGGAUCCACUGGUUCAGCUCAAGGUAAGAGUUUCAUAAGAUUAUGCCAUGCCUGUAGUAUAAAUGUACCUACUUUACAGUUAGCCCUGCGACUGUGUACCAGGGGAAAACGUUUUGAGCAAUUGGGCCUGAUAAAGUCAGUUUUGGUAAUAGGAAACAUUAACUCAAAGCUUCAUGACUUGAGAUUUGAUAAAAUUUGGCAGGAAAAUAGUCUAACAUGCAAAGUUUGAAAAUAGAAAAGAAAAUGUUUUGAAAGGUCAAAAGGUUAAAUCUGGUCAGGAAAUAUUGCAAAAAGAUUAAGUGGGAAAAAUUGAAAUUUUCUACUAUACUAGCAUGCUCAAGACCUUCUGACCCAGGAUUGCAUUUAGCUCCAGUCACUUGCAAGUAACGUGGUGACCUCGCCACCUCGGAAUCUCGGAUCCCAACAAUCUGACAACCAAGUGAGAUUUGUUUACAUUAAAAUGCCACACAACUUUCAUUCAAACGUUUGAAGGAAAAGUUUUGAAAUGGAUAACUUAAGCACUGUUAGAUGUGAUGUUUUUUUGUGAAACUAAACUGAAUUAAACUUUUAGGUACUGCCAUGUUUGGUAAAACUUUGUAAAAAGGAUAAGGACAUUUCUAUUCGAGCUGAAUCUGCUGAGGUUCUGGGUAAGUAUCUUCACCUCUGCUACUUCUCGCCUCAGCAGGUUUCUGGGGGUAUCAGGUUUCUGGGGGUAUCAGGUUUCUGGGGAUAUCAGGUUUAGGCAGAUUUUCUGGGUGGCACUUCUCCCCCCCCCCAAAAAAAAAAUAUAUAUAUAUAUAUAUAUAUAUAUAUAUAUAUAUAUAUAUAUAUAUAUAUAUAUUGCACCCCCAAAGUGUUUUGCACCUUCAAAAUAUUUUGCACCCCCAAAAUAUUUUCCACCUCAUUGGAUUAAAUGCCAGUAGUGUGAUUGAAAUAUGGAUUUUGAACUAAAUCUAUAAUUAAUAAACUAUCUACAAGCACUAGCUCCUGGAUCUUUUAUCAGGAUACCCUCAGUUGAACUGACUCGUAUCAUUGUGAUGAGUGGAAGUUAUUCCUUGUAGGAUAUUUGAUCGAAGAAGACGCUAAUUUGCAACAAACUGCUGCUAUUGCCGAUCAUCUUAUUCCAACAUUAGCAAACUAUCUGAGGAAAAAUAACCUGAAUGAUGAGGAAUAUGCAAGAAUGAGAGAGGUUACAUUAAUUCGUUUUUACCACUGUUUUUUACGUCUAAUAACCAUAGAGAUUAUAAAGGGGGCAUCGAGGGUGAACUUUGGGAGCGCGAUAAUGGGGGGCAAAUUGAAAUCCUGGAUGAACACCACAAUGCUUGGGUUACACUUGAAACUAGAAAAAUUUUAAACAAGAGUCACAAAAUUGGAUGUUUUAAUUUAUAUGUUUUGCAUGUCAUUUAACCCUCACCCCUGCCCGUACUUUCCAAUUUGUGUGUGCUCACAGACUGGGGACGAGUCAGUGCUUGUUAUUACUACAAAAGUUCCCCCCAAAUUUUGAAUUCAAACAAUUCAGUUCUAUAAUAGUUUGUUUGUGGAAACACCACGUAAAUUUAUUAUUGCAAAGCUUUCGAUCCAUAAGCCCGGAUCUUCAUCAGUGCUAUUAAUAUGUGACUUGUAUAAUUCACACACCCUUUUUAUAUAAAAAGGGCGUGUGAAUUAAACAAGUCACAUAUUAUUAGCACUGAUGAAGAUCCGGGCUUUAAUACGGAUCGAAAGCUUUGCAGUAAUAAAUUUACAUGGUGUUUCCACAAACAAACUAUUAUAUGUUUUAUCACCAUGCAAACAUUAAAUAAUUCAGUUCCUCUUGAAAACAUAAAAAUUGCUGACAUCAGCAUCAUUUUGGAGUGCUCUCAAAAAUGAGUUAUAGACAAAACUCAGGUAAAAAUGCUUGGUAAAAAUCAAAAUGGGACUACUUAAUUGCCAUAAACAAGAAUUUAGAGAUUUUGGCUCAAACUCACUCACUCCCUUAUAUCGAGUGAGAUGGCCACUUAAUGUACAGUAUGUAUCUGGUAUACUGUAUAAUGUUUACUGUCGUUCCAGUUGAAAUAUUGAUUCAAUACAUUACCUCAGGCUGACCAAUUCAUUUCAUCAAGUUCCUCGAGAUAUUCAUACACUUCCUGUGAAAGAGCCAGUUCCAAGAAUUUUAUAAUUUCUGGUCACUUCCUUUCUAUUUAUGAUUGGUUAGUUGCACAAACAACAAAGGUGAUUGGUGCAUUCAAACUAUUCAACAGGAAGUUUACAAUUAUACUAGGAAGUGUAUGAAUAUCUUGAGGAACUUGAUGAAAUGAAUUGGUCAGCCCGAAGGUAAUGUAUUGAAUCAAUAUUUGAGGAACACUUCAAUUGGAACGACAAUAAUGGUUUUUUUACUUGUAGACUGCAUUAAAGGCUUUUGCCUCACUCGGAGCCAGUGACGAGGACAUACGAAAAAAAGUAAGUUGAUAUCAAUAAUGUUAAUUUGUGUAAUGUUGCUUAGGAUUCGGAUUAAGGUGAGAUUGGGUUUGAGGUGUUGGUGGGGUUGGGUUUGGAUUAAAGAUGGUUAGGCUGAGGGGCCAGUCACCUCUUAUGGCGAGGGAUGGCACAGAAGAAAAAAGGGUUGCAUGAACAAAAUUUUGAGUGAGUAAAAUGUUGGAUGAAUGAAAAACAAAACUACUCAAGGGUUGGGUAAUAAAAAUUUAUUGUCAUUCCCAAAGCAUGACUACAGUACCUGCAAUCUCAUCUGUUGUACUGUAUGUCAAUACAAUUAAAUGUAAAUCAAUCAGAGUUGCUAUCUUGAUCAUUUUCUGAUUUUUUUUUAAACUUUUUAAUGGUUGGAUGAGCCAAAUUUUUACCAAGAAAUACAUCUCUCUUUGGUGCCACCCCCGCCAGAAAUAAGUCUGCCGUUCCCUAACUGAGGGUAAAACAGAGGUGAAAACUUUAACGAUCUCUUCCAGAUCAUUGAAACGGAAUCAACGAUGGAUCAUGUUGUGAUGGGUAUCGAAGAUUCCCGAAUCACGGUACAACUUGCAGCAGUAAAAUGUCUGCACAGUCUGUCAAGAUCUGUUCACCAACUGAGGACAACAUUUCAAGACAAUGCUGUGUGGAAACCGUUGAUGAAGUUAUUACAGGGAGCAUCAGAGGAAGUUCUCAAAGUUGCUUCGUCUGCUGUAUGUAAUCUACUGUUGGAGUUUUCUCCCAGUAAAGAGGUAAAGAUAUAGAAAGUGAAAUUAUUUGUGGCAUAAUAAUCAAUAUCCCAUGAAGCGAUAGUAUCAGGCCUCAAAUUUCCCUGAAAUCAAUCGACGGCAGUGGCGUUAAAAAUUGCUGUAGAACCUAUGUGCAGUCUUUAUUUUACACUAAUUGGUAUAUUUGUAUUGAUCAAUAUGCAUGUUUAUUUUCUAUAGUCCAUUCUUGAAGCCGGAGCGGUUAAACUCUUAGUUGAACUGACAAAACACGAGAACAACGCAUUGCGAUUAAAUGGAGUCUGGGGUUUAAUGGUAAGAGGGACUUGCUUAUUAAUUCAUGUUUUUGUGCAUAAAACUUAACAUGCUUUUGAAAAAUCAUUGUGCAGAAAUUCCUCUUACUGACUGUAAUAUCCAAUUUGACUUUGUAGAAUAUGGCGUACCAGUCUGAUGAAAAUACCAAGAACAGAAUUUUAGAGAAACUGGGAACACGGCAGAUAUUUCGGUAAGUUGACCAUUUUUAGUGGUUUGUACUUUUUUGUGAUGUACAUAUAAGAUCAUCAAUUUAGUUUGAAGAAUACGACAUUUUCCAUACCAUAGCUUUUGAUCUGUGUCCCCAUAAUAUACAGAAAGACAAUGCAAAAGCAAUAUAAAUAUAUAUUCCAGAAUCACCUGGUUUGAAUUUUAUUUACAUGUAGUUUAUUGGAAGAUGUCGACACUCAAGUUGUUAUGAAGACGCUGGGAUUGAUGAGAAAUCUUCUCUCUGGCAGAGAUGUAAGUAAAUAACCUUUCUGUCGGAAACAACUUCUUUCACAUAGAUGACACUUUAAGAAGGGAUGCCUGCACUGUGCUUAAUUAAUAUACAUGUAGUGUACUAACCUGCGAUCAGGUCUAUAAAUAAAUAAAUAGGCCUGAUACAAACCUUAACAAAAGUCCAUGUUUUUACAACCGUAUUUCGGUUGUAAAUCUGAUUGGUUUAUGAGACAAAAGAUUUUUUAAUCUGUCAUUUGAUUGGUUGGUGCUAAUUAGAGUAUACUAUUGUAAGUUGUUGAUAUAUUUAUAGUGAUCACAACUACAGUAUAAUUAGAUUGUUGUUGUCGUUGUGUGAAAUUUAAAUUUCUCCUGCGACAUUUUGAUUGGAUAGUAAAUAUAAACUUUGCUGUGGGUGGAAAGUGAUCGGAUUAAGGAUUGUGUCAGGCUAUUAUUUGUAAAAUAGAGCCUGAUCUCAGGUUAGAUAUCAGGUUAUGCUUAUACCGACUCAUGUGUGUGUAUUUUUUUUUUAAGAAUAUUGACCAUAUCAUGGCUCUCCAUGGCAGAGAUGUGAUGUGUUAUCUGCAACCAAUCAUUGACGAAACUGGUCCACAAAUUUGGGAAGUCAAAGAACAGGUAAUCAGACAUCUUAAUUUAAAACUAUCAACAGCUAUUUUGCAGAACAGAAAGCUUCUAAAUGGCCGAUUAAUUUUAUUCUGUAUGGACAUGCUGACCGAUAUGAUAAAACUGCAGUUUUCAUUUAUAUUAAGUACUUCGCUGUGAUGGGCAACAAAAGUUUAUGGUACCAAGUUAUGGUAAUCAUGCAUGUAGAACAUUCAAAAACAAUAGGGACCAAGAAAGAUCAUUGAUUGUCAGGACUGCUUACCAAAAGUGAAGCAUGAUUUUUCAUGCAGGAAGUGAUGAACAUGGCCAAUCAAUGUAAACAUCGAAAAGCUAGCCAACCAUUAUUAACCAAUAUCUGACCAACUGUACACCUGACCUGACAUUUGUCAGCCAUGGUUAUAAUCCAGACAUUCAUGUAUGUCAGACAUGUUUCUCGCUAUUCUAGUUUAAGUAAAUGAGUGCAAUCGGUCUCUACAUUAUUUCUUUAAAGCAGCGUACUAACCCCGAAGUCAUGUUGUACUUUACUAAAUGCUUUGCAGGCAUUGUGCAUCCUUGGCAACAUUGCAAACGGCAGGACAGCAAAAGAUUAUCUGAUGUCAGAUGACGGAGUUUUGAAGAGAUUGAAGUAUUAUAUCACACAAGACAAUGUGAAACUAAAGAUGGCCGCUAUAUAUUGUAUAUCAAACCUAGCUUGGAGUACAGAUGAAGGUGCACCAGAAAGACAGACUGUGUUUCGAGACAUGGGGAUACAGAAAUUGCUGCAAGAUUUAUCUACAACAGCCGAUCCAUUGCUCUUUGACAGGUGAGAUACUAAUUUUUUAACUAUCACUGUACCAGUAGUCUAUUUGCUGCCUAACUGAGAUGACUCUAUUUAAUUUAAUGCACCAUGCUAGCCUCCUCGAGGGGCAGAUCUGGCCUGAUUUGUUAGACAGGGUGGGUGUCUGGGGGCAUUCUCCCCCAGAAAAUGUUUAAAAAUUCAAAGCUCUGAAAUGCCAAUUUUCCUACAUUCAAUACAUUCCAUACAUUUCAUACAACACUGGGGCACAGAGUAGAUACAUACAGAGCUGUACUGACCAAUGUAAACACUGUGGAAGCUUACGUUUUCAUGUACCCACUUUGUUUCAGGCGACCGGACAAAAAAUGAUCAACUGCGCAUGCUCGGCAAGUUCCACAAGCAGUUAAAGCAAGUCAUCAUCCAAUCAGAUGCAUGCAUUUAGUAUUACUUGCCGAGCAUGCACACAAAAAAAGUGGGUACACUAGUUAUAACUCUGUAUAUGUAUCUACUCUGUGACUGGGGGGUGUACCACACCCCUCCCACCAGUAGAUCCACCCCUGGUCUCCUGUCCUAACCAACUGUAGUAAUGAUCAUCUGUUUGAUUUUGCAGAGUGAAGACAGCAUUGCAGCAGUUUACCUAAGACAGAAACAGACUUUUCGUUGCCAUUAAAUAAGCACAGCUAUUGCCAAUAUGUUUAAAACAUAUAAAACAGAUGUAUUGAAGGAAAUAAAGUUGUGAUCCAUGCCCUACUCCUAAACAUGCCUCACUGAAUUCCUAUACGGUAUUCAAUCAUUUUUGUGUUGAUCUUUUUCAAUGGUAUUUUAGUUUCAAUUGUACUUGUUUUCAUCCUGUGUUCUAUCCAUCUGUUCUGCCCUUUUCAUCCCCCCUCCCAAUCAAGUAUACUUUCCUCUUCUGAAUUGCUCCCAUCAUGUAACAUAUUAUCUUACCAUUCCUCUGAAAUGCAAGUCGGCACAACAGGGCCAAAGGACGAUUGAAGAGGAUUUUUCAUCAGAUGUUCAUGGUUCAAAAGAGUCGGUCAGGAAAUGCUGUCGCUAUUCUCCAGGUAGUCCAAUACUCCUUUUUUUUAAUAAUAAAGUAAAUAGGUCAUGCGAAUAAAGCAUUUGGCCAAAAUUUUUUAAAACAUGUUUUUAUCGAUCGAAACUAAUUGUUUUGAUGAAAGGAUUAAUGUUUUCGAAAGUUUGGACUAGUCUUGAGGGGUUUUUUGACUAGCUUAGCAAAGGGGACCAUGGGAAAUUUUUCAAAAAUUCAAAACCAUAGAAAAACCCCGCCUGAAAAUUAUUGAAAACCUUCCCUUCAUCCAUGGGCGUACAGGAAGGAAAAAAUUAGGGGGGCGGAAAGAAAUUUGCCUGACAUUUUCGGAUUGUUCCUAAGUUGUCAAAAAAAAAGGGGGGGAGGAGUGAUUAUGAAAAAUUCCUAUUAGUCCUAUUAGAUAGCAUAUUUCCCACAAAAUUGACAGAAUUUGUCCCAUUUAUUUUUAUAAUAAGCCAAUAUUGCCCGACUGUGAAGCGAAUACUGCCCGACUGGCUUUGUUUGCCCAAGAAACUGGGGGGGAUGCCCAUGCUCUCAUCAAAAGAGUUACUUUUGAUCGAUAAAAACUUUUUGUAACUCUCGAAAGGUAAGGGGUUAGAGAAGGGUUUGGGGUUGGUUUAUCUUAUAAAAUUCAAGUUUGACUAUAUAGUGACUAUACAGCUGGUAAUUUACUAAAUAGCCGGCUACUGGCUCAGAAUCCAGAAUCCUGGGGUUAGGCUGAUUAGAUGCCACAAACAUAAUUUCGGCACGGACCUGUAUUAAUCAUUUCAGUAGCUUCGGCUAACUUGCAUUGUUUUUGCUGAACCCUCUGUAAUUAUUAAACCCCUUGCGACAUUAUAAACAAAACAAUCAGUCUCACUGCCUCAAAACCCUCCUCCCCGUCAUACAGCAAACUCUUAGCUGUCUUUGUAAAUAAACAACGGAUGUCGAGAGCCAGCGGUCCAGCACGCUAGAUAUCUCGUCGCUAUAAAUAUAAAAGGUAUCGAAGUUCUAAGACUAGUUUGAUAACCAAGUAUUUUUAAAACCAGCGACUUUUUUUAUUUCCGUUUCCGAUGCUAAAUUUUCCAAUUUUGAAACACUGUUUGGUCAAUUUAAUUUCCUCGAUACAAUCUUCGUGGUUUUAGAAAGCGUAUGCUAUAUGUACGUGCUGAGAAGAAGCUAGUUUUGUUCGUAUGAUUUUUUGGAAAAUUUGAACGGCCAUAUUGUUCGAGCCAGAACAAGCUUGGUUACAUGAAGUUCUGAACGUGAAAAACAGACACGCGCAUGCUCAGUGCCAUCACACCUGUGACGUCAUUUCAAGAGUUUUGGCGGGAAAAUUUGUAAUAUUUGGAGAAGACAAGAUGGCGCUGGUUUAAUAUUUACUUCGUGUCAUCAAAGGGGAUUUUUGUUCACAAAUAACCGCUUAUUUUACGUUAUAGCGACUGGUUAGUUUUGGAAAUUAUAACUCAAUGGACAGGGAAAACGAUUCUGUAUGGAAAACGAUGCGUGUCAAGUUAUUGACUUGUUGUGAUGUUAAUAUUUGUUGUGAAAGACGGCCGGAAAUUUCGCUACAUCGCUGUACUGGUUUAUAAACAAUUCUACUGGAAAUUCGACCAUGGAUAAAGGGAGAAUGAAAGAACAGCCUGUCUUAACGG